GACAAAGACAUCUCUCAUGCAGCAUAAGCGUUCAGUACUAGAAAUCGUUCCAAAGACACCAUAUAGUCUCUUUACUAGACUAAUUUUGUGUGGCAAUAACGUUCCUCGCUCAAACUUAUACGGUCACUAUAGGCGGCCGGUGUUCAAGCUACCUCUGCCAUCUACCACCCCACCCUCUACUACCUGCCAUCCGUCUACAGCCACCUUGGGACCACAUCCAUGAGCUUCCGGGGUCGAAACAACCUUCUUCAUGAGUUGAAGCACCCUCGUUAGAAUCCUUUCUUCACCUAUCACUUCCGUCACCAUGGCCGAACUCUCUGCGAUAAAGCUCAAUGCAGAGUCACAGAUCCUCCUCGAACGACCUCUCCUCGGCGUGCCAUACGAGCUCUCGCGCAAGAAGUUUGCCACCGCCCGUCGCGAAGUCGACCGCGAGCAGUCCUUCCUCACAAAAACCCUGUCCUCCGCCUCCACCACCUCCGACCCAGUCUCCGCCCUCGACACCCUGAUCUCGCGCAUGGCAAACCUCAAGCGCAAGCUCGAGGUCCUACAAGCCGAGGAAACAGAACUACAGGAGCAGAGCAAGGCGCGCAUCGAACAUCUGCGCGCGCUGGAGCGCAUCCCGACGGUCAUGGACGUCAAGUAUGAUGAGUGGAGCAGGACGCGGCUGAACAGGCUGCUGGUGGACUAUAUGCUGCGGAGCGGGUAUGUUGAGAGUGCGCGGCAGCUCGCGGCCGAGAAGGGGAUUGAGAAGCUGGUGGAUGUGGGCAGUAUGGUGGAGUGUUUGCGGAUCGAGAAGAGCUUGAAGGAGGGCAGAACGGCGGAGGCGUUGGCGUGGUGUGCGGAGCAUGGCAAGGAUUUGAAAAAGCUGAAUAUUCAUCUUGUGUUUGAGCUGCGGUUGUCGCAGUAUAUCAUGCUUGUGCGGGAGGGCAAGCUGAAUGAGGCCUUGAUGCAUGCAAAGAAGCAUUUCUAUACCCCGCCGAAUGAGAAGUAUAGGGCUGUGGUUAUGAAGGCUGCGGCGAUGCUGGUGCUUCGUCAGGAUGUACAGGUCGAGCCUUAUUUGACCUGGUACUCUCCGGAACGUAAUCACGAUAUCGCCGCCAUGUUUGUGGAGACGCAUCACACAAUCUUCGGCCUCCCGAAACGCCCCCUUCUUCAUAUCGCCCUGUCUGCUGGUCUCUCCGCCCUCAAGACACCAGCCUGUCAUUCAAAACAUACGAGCUCGUCAGGUAACGCUUCCAGCGCAGCCUCGACUCUAUGUCCUAUAUGCUCAAAGGAGCUGCACGAGUUGGCUCGAAACGUUCCCUAUGCACAUCACACGAAGAGCCAUGUCGACCCCGAUCCAGUCGUUCUGCCACAUGGGCGUAUAUACGGAAGAGAGUUCCUCCGGCAAGCAAACGAGAAACUGGGUACAGAGAAGGGCAUGGUUCGAGAUCCGACAGAACUCGACAAGCUGUGUCGUGAGGAAGAUGUCAAGAAGGUAUUUAUAUCAUAAUACACAGGGGAAGAGAGAGAGUUAGGUCAGUCUGGAUUUGAUAGCGUGGCGUUGGAGGGUUCGGUUUUGCCAUUAUAUGAAUGGCGGGUAUAUCGUUAUGUACAAGCAGCAACAGUCAUACUGUGUGUGGGUGGCGUUGUAUACAGUCCUCCUCUGUCAGAUACUACUCAUCAUCAUCACUACUCUCUCCGCCCGCUUUCCUCUUCCGCUUUUU